UUGACCCAGACGGUCGUUUCUUUUAUUUUUCUUUUCUUUUCUCGCAAUCUGCUACAAAAGUUUGCACAAAAAUUGAAAAACUAAAUCGAAUCAUAUCACGACAAGGUUUUAACGUAAUUUAAGUCUUUAAAUUAUUAAGGUGCUCUUUAUGCCUUUUUAGCAUUUUCUUGAAUAGUAUUUACUUCUAAUAUACAUAAUAACUUUAUAGUGUAGUGUUAAGUAUUGUGAAAUGAAUGGAAUUGCUGUUGAAGCGGAACGGAGCGUGGAAAUGGCGGGAAAUGGUGACAGACAUUCAGCUGUUGAUGUUGUUGGUGAGGCGAAAAGGGACCAAAGAUGGCCGGCAUCAGAUACAGAUAGAUUAUCUGCUUACCCAAGCGGUGAUCGAUCAAAUCUGCUACGCUCACACGCGGCCAAAUCAGCAGAAUGCAGUCAAGGGUCUCCACGCGCGAGGAGAGUACCAAGAGAGUCCCGGAGAAUUUCACUUGCACAGGCACCGGGAUAUGUUCAGCUUAACCAAUAUAGACUGCUUGAGCCCAUUGGACAGGGUUCCUAUGGAAUCGUUAAGUUAGCAUACAAUGAAGAAGAUGAUACGCAUUAUGCAAUGAAAAUUCUAUCGAAACGGAAGUUGAUGCGUCGCGCGGGCUUGUUUGGGCGGACGCCGCCCCGCCGCCCGGGCCCGGGGCCGCCACCUGACCCACUGCAAAGCAUCUACAGGGAAAUAGCCGUGCUCAAGAAACUGGACCAUCCUAAUGUAGUUAAGUUAGUUGAGGUAUUAGAUGAUCCAGCAGAGGACCAAUUGUACCUAGUUUUCCAGUUACUGGAGGGAGGCCCUGUGAUAGAUAUCCCUACAGACAACCCCCUCAGCGAGCAACUGGCAAGAAAGUACUUCAGGGACGCUUUACUGGGCGUUGAGUAUCUGCACUACCAGCGCAUAGCCCAUCGCGACAUCAAACCAGCCAACCUGUUGCUUGGUGAGGAUCGAGUACAGGUGGCAGACCUAGGUGCAUGUGGGGAGCUGGCAGGUGCAGGCAAACUGUCUGGAGCUGUUGGCACACCAGCAUUUCGCGCGCCAGAGGCUACGACCCUCAGCGACAAAUAUAUUGGAGAGGCGGCGGACAUCUGGUCUCUCGGCGUCACUCUAUACGCCAUGGUCACAGGCCGUGUUCCCUGGACGUCUCCAACAGCUGCUGACCUGCAGAAGCGAAUCCUUUCAGAGCCUUUGACGUUCCCUACAAGACCUACCCUCUCAAAGCCUCUUAAAAAACUACUGUUACGCAUGCUUGAUAAGGAUCCCGUUACAAGAGCAACGAUGCAAGAAAUAAAGGACCAUGAGUGGAUAACCUGUGGCGGAAAAGAUCUGCUGCCUUCAGAGCAGGAGAAUUGCAGAUUAGUCGAAGUAACAGAUGAAGACGUAGCACGUGUAGUAACAUCCAUCCCCAACAUCUCCACACUCAUCCUCAUUAAGACCAUGCUCAAGAAACACAGCUUUCAGAACCCGUUUCUACGCAGUCGGGAGAGUAGCUCCCGUCGCGAAUCUAGUGAAACUGGUGAAACGGCGGUUGCUGUGCGAGGGAAACGCACGGCUCUCGCGCGGGCCGGACGCUCGCUCUCAGCUCCUGGAAACUAUCUCACUGACAAGCAAGUUUCAUUCGAUAUCAACUUGGAAUCUGUCGAAGAAACCAAAGAGAAAAUAGAAACAAAACAGACUGUCACCAAAUCAUCCACAAAGAGCAAGGAAAGCAAAGAAAAUGGCCGACCGACUGCACCGCAACGGUGACGCGCGAAUGCUCAUGACAGGCCUUAUAAGGCAUUUAAUGUGUGACUUCAUAGUUUUAAGGCUUAUCUCAAAUUUAAUAUUCAUGUCCGCUUGUACCACAAAUUUACAUAAUUUAUUUUUUAAACCAUAUUUUCCUUGUAAUAAGUUGAUAUUCAUGUGUUACUAAAAUCGAAUGAAAGACAAAAGUCAAUUUUAGGAAUUAUUACGGAAUUAAUAUAUUUUGUUAGAUUCAAAUGUACGAAAAAUAUUUAUGAGUGUUUGAGUUGGUUGUGAAGAUAGCACAAAGAUACAAUAUUUAAUUUUACACAAAGCAUAUUAUGUUUCUUGGUAAUAUUACGAUUUUUACAUCUUUUAUGUUUUGUGUAUUCAAUGCACUUUUCACAAUGCUACUUACUAAAGUAAUAAUUAAUAUUAACAGAUCUUUAUAUCUCCAACUAUUGUACAUACUUUAAAUUUUCUCUUAUCACGCCAUUUUAAAUACUUUUCGAAGCAAUUAGAAAUCGUAAUUAAUCAAAAGAGGUUUCAUAUAAAACACAAUUUCACUUUGACAUGACUUAGUUAAGAUGUAGAUGAAAGCAAAGUUCUCAAACAAAUGCCAUACAUUCGGAGAGACUAUCAGAAAUUUUACAAAGAUUAAUUAUUUAUUACAAUAAUUUCAAUUGUUCCGGCGACGUCUUUUGUAUACAAUUUAAUGAUUAUUAUUGCUUCGAAUAAUGUAAAACCUUGUGCACUAAAUUAUAAGGCUUAGAGACUUUUUCAUGAUCGAGACUUAGCGUUUAAGUACCCCGUAUGUCAAAGUCCAAUAAUUAGUAAGUUAACACCGCGCUAAGAGUCGACUCUAAGGGUGACAUUCAGAAUUGAUACUUCGUACGAAGAAUGAAUACCGUAUGUCAAAACCUCACUUAAUAAAAAAUGUAUCAGUGCUUGUUUAUCUAAAGUAGAGAGAACGUACAGAAAGGGUCCUUUAGGGCUUAUAAGAGUUCAAUUCAAAUCAAUUCACUGAUUUCUUUUUACGUUUAUAUUUUUGAAUAGUUCAUAAAGUCUAUAUCGGCUAUAGCUUAUUAAAAUCAGUAUCAUGACAAACUGUAAGUUAUAGUUCCGAGAAAAUUUUUAAGCCUGCGAAAAUUUUACUAUCCUUCUAGUGUAAUAUUGCUCAAAUAGUAAUAGUUAUAAUAAUUUAACCAAGUCAGAAUUAUACAAAAUCAGAAAACAUCGAAAACACUGCCCUUAAUUAUUUGGUAAUUUAUCCUUAAUGAUUUUUAUAAACUGUGUAAUAUAAUAUACUAUCUACACUUUAGCCCGUUAGCGUACAACUAAUAGAAUAUAUCAAAAUAUUACUGAAUAAGUAAUUUAUUAAGAAUUUGAUAAAUCAACGUAGAGAUGUUUUAUUUUUAAUUUCAAUCUUGCAGCCCUAUUAUAUAAAUAGAAAUUUUAUUUUCCAACUUGUGAUUUGCACUAGUCUUUGAAACCAUGGCUUAUACUAUAGUUACUUUAGACUUAUAAAUUAAAAAAAGUAAAUUUUUAUAUACUUUCGACAUAUUUGUAUGUCGAAUAAUAUUUGUCAUAUGGCUUCGAUUCUCGUCGUUGUGGUACUUUGAUACACAGAUACAUGUUGCGUCUGUGAUGUUAAUAGGCACAUUGGUUAACCUGUGACAUUAACCGCUUUUUUGCUCAAACAUUUGAUCUUUUGAUAUAGGGAAGUAAAACUUAUAUAAUUUUAGGUAAAAAAAAAUACUUGCACAUUUGUCUUACAUUAUGUAUUACUUCUAUUUGGGUGUAAGAUGACCAUCGUUAUUUAUCUCUACGUGAAAAUUAGUCCAAGCUUAGUUUUAGGUUCGCAUUAUCCUCGGCAAGCGAAAGGUCCAAUUAUAAAGCCUUUGAAUGUUGUGAUAGUGAAUAGUGCUUAUAUAUUUCCCUAAAUUAUAUUCGGCUUAUAUUUUUGCCUAUAAUGCUGGACCACCAAUGCCUUAGUAUUUCUAUAUUUUCUCCUGAUAUACCUUCUACAUUCAGUUGUUUUUAAAGAUAUUAUUUAGAAUAGCAUAGAGGAUAUUAAAACAUUCCCACACUUUUCCCGCUUAUUGAAUAAAUACACGCUUUAUAUCGAAAACUUGUGAAUGUAAUUAAUCAUGUACAAUAAUUAUUUUAGAUACAUAGAAAGCGUAUAAGGCUAUAAAUCAAUGAUAAAUAUAGAAAACCAUUAUAUUUAUUUAAUUAUACAUAUAUUAAUUUAAAUUCGUAAUUACUUUUUUUUACUUUUACUUUCUUGCUUUUUAUAGAAAUCGGAAUAAAAUUAACUUAUAUAAGCGUUAUAUUGAAGGCAUUGGUAGUUCACUUGUAAUGCGUCUUUGUAAACUUUGAAAAUUUUGUAAAUAUUGAGUAUAUGUAACAAUUAUGAAUUUGUUAAGUGAAUUUUAUCGAAUGGAGUCAAUAUUAAAUCAAUUUUUAUCUUA